AUGCCCCUUCUAUCCCAUAUCACCAGGAAAGUGUUUCAACUCAUUUGCACCUAUAUCCGUCUUUUCCUAGAAUAUGGUAGUCAAGUUGUUGAUUCCUGGUUCCUGAUUCGUGAUCGUGAUGCUCUUGAACGAGUUCAAAGAGCGGCAACGAAAGCGGUGGUUGGAAUGCAAUACCUUGCCUAUCCUGAACGUCUAAUAGAGCUUGACCUGUAUGCAAUGAACAAAACGCGAUUUCCUGUUCUGAGUGAAACGGAAAAGACCUCGUCUGUAUACGUUCAAUCAAAUGAUCCUUCGCUCGUUCUGGAUAGCGAUAAACAAAUCUCAGAGCAACGCGUGGCUCGAAUUAUCGAGAACUAA